GAGAAUUGGGAUUGAAUUUCUACUGGAUCGGUGAGAAAAAAAAGCGAAAUUUAGGGUUUUUUCUUUGUCUUCUUGUACUUGAGACCCUGAUUUCGGGCUAUUGACCUGGAAUUCUCUGUCUGAUUUCUUUCUUUGGUGGCUCAGAUUGUUGAGGAAAGUUAGGGAUUCUAAGUCUCUUUUCUCAGAUCUGUUGGGAGUUGGGAAUUCCGGUAUUUGAAGUAGUUCUCGUACUCCACUAUUGUUCCCAUUGUUUGAGGUUGUUGCCCAACGAUAAAACGCUAUUUUGAAGGUUUGUAAACACCGAAGGAGAUUGCUAGGGUUUGCAUACAGAACUCAGAUGUCUUCGGCUGGGUCUUCUUACUGGUGCUACAGAUGCAGUCGAUUAGUCAGGGUUUGGGGCCGAGAUCCCAUCGUUUGCCCAGAUUGUGAAGGGGGAUUUGUUGAAGAGAUCGAAAACCCUCCCCGGGCUGGACAUCCGGAGGCUCGACGCGGACGGUUCCCUUCAGCUGCCAUGUACAUGCUCGGUAAUCGACCGCCUUCUGAUCAGAACACCUAUCUAGGUUCACGCCGAAGCCGAAGGAAUGGAGGUGAGCGUUCACCUUUUAAUCCUGUUAUUGUCCUCAGAGGCUCUGCCGAUGGCAGUGGCGCCGAAGGUAGUGUUGAUGGUGGCGGCGGCGGUGGCGAGAGGGGAAGCUUUGAGCUGUACUACGAUGACGGUGCUGGUUCAGGCCUCCGUCCGCUGCCUGCUAGCAUGUCAGAUUUCUUGAUGGGAUCAGGCUUUGACCGCCUGCUCGAUCAGCUGGCCCAGAUCGAGGUCAACGGGGUUGGCCGCUGCGAGCAUCCCCCGGCUUCCAAGGCUGCCGUUGAGUCCAUGCCCACAAUCGAGAUCGUUGCCAGCCAUGUCGUCACUGAAUCCCACUGUGCCGUCUGUAAGGAACCUUUUGAGCUCGGUUCAGAGGCCCGUGAGAUGCCUUGUAAGCACAUUUACCAUCCCGAUUGCAUCCUCCCUUGGCUUUCUCUUAGAAAUUCUUGCCCUGUUUGCCGCCACGAAUUGCCUUCGGAUGUCCGUGGCAGAAACUCAGGCGAGUCUGAUGCAAGCCAAGAUGAACAAUCUCCGGCUGUGGCGGACGAAGACACGGUGGGUUUGACCAUAUGGAGGCUCCCUGGUGGUGGAUUUGCCGUUGGGAGGUUUUCUGGGGGUAGACGAGCUGCUGAACGUGAGCUUCCCGUUGUUUAUACAGAAAUGGACGGUGGGUUCAACACUGGAGGAGCACCAAGGAGGAUUUCAUGGACCUCCCGGGGAAGCAGAACAAGAGAGAGUGGGGGAUUGGGGCGGGUUUUCCGCAAUUUCUUGUCUUUCUUUGGGAGGCUUAGACCUUCGUCUUCUCCUUCGAUUCCAGAAUCUGCGGCUACCCGCAGAAGUCGACCUAGUUCGGUUUUCAAUAGAACAUCGCGAAGGCGCAGCAACAGCAGCGCUUGGACCGCGGAAGACAACGGUGGGAUUCCGAGAUGGUGAUUUGAACUUCGGUGCUGGGUGGGGAAGGCUGGAGACCAGUCAAGAAAAAGUCCCCCCCCCCCCCCCUCCUCCCCUUUUGUUUUUUGCUUCUUCAGCUAACGGUGUUCUCUAUCAAUCCUUUGGUCGAUUUGUAGUUCUAGUAUCAUUGGGGAAAGAGACAGAACUGUAGAAGGCAGCUCUUUAAUCACUGUACAUAUCAAGGAAUGAGAAAGAAGAAGAGAAUGUCCAGUAAUUAAGAAA